AUGAUUACCUUGAAGGCCAGAAGUUUUGAACCUAGUAAACAAGUGAAAGACAAAGAUGGCUUAGAAGAUGACUGCCAAGUAUUGAAUGAUGAUAAUGAUGAUGAUAAUAAUGAUGAUAGUGACAAUGAUGAUCGUGAUGAUGAUGAGAAUGGUGAUACGAUAUAUGAUGACGACGAGAAUAGUGAUACGAUAUAUGAUAAUGACAACUAUGGAAUUGUUACAGAUAGGUUAAUUGGAUUUGUUACAGAUAGAUUGAACAUAAGUGUUACAGAUAGGUUAUUAACUAUAAGUGUUAUAAAUAGAUUAACUAUAGAUGUUACAAAUAGAUUAACUAUAGAUGUUACAAGUGGAUUAAUAGCAUAUGUUGCAACAAGUUUAUUAUCAAAUUUUGUAGCUAUUGUAUUGGCAAAACUGAAAAUUUUAUCAGAUUUAUUAGAAGAAUCAUCUUUUUAG